AUGUCUCUGGAAAUUCCCCCCGAACUUGCCAAUCUCCCUCUCCCACCUCUUUCCCCUCAUUCUCUUGCUCUUCCCCCUCUUCCAGCUCCUCUUAUCCAGACCAACCCUCAACCCAACUUCAUCACCAUCGUCGAGCACGCAGUCGUAAUGCACUCUGAACGCAAGUGGAAAGUCGUCAACAUGGACCCCCGAGGUCCCCAGAAGAACAUUGCCUGGAAGAUCCCCCGCAGCAACAACUGGCUGGCCAGAGUCAGCAACCCCCGUGCCAACACCGAGUUGCUCAACAUGAUCCGUCCUGCCCAAGGAAACACCAUGCGAGGUUAUGUGAGCACCUGGGAUGACGAUGUCAGUCUGUCCAUCAUCAUUUGUAAGAUCCGUGCCAAUGAGCAGGGAGAGAUUGAGUAUGUCCCCGGAGGCGUCAAGCCUAGCAAAGAAGAAGACUUUAUUCCUUGGUUAGCUUCGGUCAUGGGCUUUGACGCAAUUUACAUGCCCAGUGGUUGCUGCGGAUGCCACUCGCUCGAGUUGAGUUGA